AUGCCCUACAACAACACCCCCAUCACGCCCUCGACCGAGAUCACCGGCACCGUAUCCCUUCCGCUCGCCAGAGUCAAGAAGAUCAUCCAUGCCGACGACGACAUUGCCAACUGCUCAAACAACGCUGCCUUUGCCAUCACCGCUGCGACAGAGCUCUUCCUACAGUACCUGGUAGAACAGACGCAGAAUGUUGUCAAGGCCGAGAAGAAGCCCAGGAGGAACAUCCAGUACAAAGACNCCAGUGCAGUCGCCCGUGUAGACAACCUCGAAUUCCUCGCCGACGUCGUGCCCAAGACUGUUAGCUACAAAGAGCACAAGGCCAAGAAGCAGAGAGAAGAGAAGGAAGCUGGACAGACGACUCUUCCCAUUGUCGCUACUGCUACCACCGCCACGGCCACUCUCCCUACUGCUGUUAUCCCCGCUCAGACCGACCCCGUCCCUGCUCCUGUCCAGGCUCAGCUUCUGGAUCCCAUGGACGAAACCUCUUGA